CAAUAUGACCUGGGAAUACGAAAUCCAGGAUGAACCACAUGGACAUUUUCAUUGGAAAUGACUUUCCCCCUUGCGGACAAUUUUUCAAACAAAAGAGUCUUUUAUGGAGAAUUUCCCUUCCCGGGAAGACGGUAAUAACACAAUUAAUAAUUUUUCAAUAACAAAUCCUGUUAAAAUAACAAAAAGUGUUAUUAUUUUAUCCUGAAGUUCAACUUCAAGGAGAAAAAAUAAUAACAGUUUCUGAUAAAAUAACAAGAUUUGUUAUUAAAGUGAUAUUAUACUGAGAACGUUUAAUAACACGCUAAUAAGAGGAAAUGUUAUACAUUUCAAAAACUCUCCUAAUAACAAGAUUUGUUAUUCGUUUGGUAUUCUGAUUUAGAAAUAAAAUUACCAUAUAAAUCGCACAAAUGGAAAUGUUUUUAAGUGUCCAAAACACAAUCUGAUAUUAUUGUUUCCUUUGUUGAAUAUGUUUAGAUCUUUGGGAUAAUUUCAUCCAAUUUCGUCAGGAUCAUUAUUUUGGCCAUGAAUGGGGUCCUUAAGCUAAAAUUAUUCUAAAAAGUUGAAAUUUUGAAAGUUGAUUUUUUUAAUUAUUUGAUAUAUCCCCUAAGGGAAUUUGCUAAUAUUGGCUAGAACUAUGGGAUAAUUUUGACCAUUUUUGUCGGGGUCAUUACUUUUGCCAUGAAAUGGGGUCCUUAAGCUAAAAUUUUUCUAAAAUGUUGAAAUUUUGAAAGUUGAUUUUUUUAAAUUAUUUGAUACACAACCUAAGGGACUUUACUAAAAUUUUCUAGAACUAUGGGAUAAUUUUGACCAUUUUCGUCGGGGUCAUUUAUUUGACCAUGAAAUGGGGUCCUUAAGCUUAAAUUAAUCUGAUAAAAUUAACUUUUGAAAAAUGUUUUUUUUAAGUUUGUUAUAUUCUCUAAGGGAAUUGAUUUAUUUAUUGAGAAUUUUUGAAAUGUGAAUAACAAAAACUGUUAUUAUUUUCAAAAAGCGAGGAAGUGGGAGCUGACGUUGAAGUUCGAGCUGGAGUGAGACCUCGGAGACGGCAUCGGAUUCAGCUAAUUUUCAGCAACUUUCACUUGUAGUCGGAAUCUGUGAAGUCGGGUAUUUUUGGAGAGCUGAAGUCGGCGUUGACGUCAUAUCCUGCAUCCAGAGUCGGAGUUGUCUCCAAAGUAUGGAUUCAAAGUCGCUUGAAGGAACCCGACUCUGCAGCCCUGACUAGUACAGAAGAGUUAUGGCAACUGCAGGUUUAUUUGCAAAUGGCAAAUAAACCAAAACAAUAACUUUUUUUGUUACGGAGACAUACAAGUUUAAUAACAUUUUUUGUUAUUAUGCUGCUCCACCUCUCCGCUCAAAAUAACAACUCCUGUUAUUUCUUCAUCAUUCCUUCUGUGUUAUUGGUUUGUUUUUGCAAUAACAACAUAAUAACAGUUUAAGUUAUUCUUCGAACAAAUCUUUGUUAUUGAUUUUUGUUAUUUUAACAACUAAUUCGAUCUUCCCAAUAACAUAUUUCGAUCUUCUCACAAUAUCAAUAACUAACCUUCCCAAGUUAUUUCCGUCUGCUCGGGUUAUCCCCUUAAAAAGUGGAGCAUCAACAAUUUCUAUCUUUCAAAUCACUUUUACUUGUCUCUUGAUGAAAUCCAAUCUGCAAUCCGUCAAAAUUACCGUCUCCAUACGAAGCGAAGCGAAUAUUUAAGGGAUUUAUGUAAUGUAAAUCUAGUUUAUAACUGAAUCGUCAAACAAAGACAGGUUAAGGGCAACAGAACUUUUAACGAAAUAUAAAAAGUAAGCUUUCUUUGACUUUCAAACAUUUUCCGUCAUUACAAUUCAUAAAAUGUGACAUUUGUCUACAACAGCUUAGUACAUCUGAGAAGUUACAGGUACUACUCACAAUUGCAGUAAAUUGCAAACCACUUAUCUCUACAGCGAAAGAGAGGAAUUACUCUCUCAAACUGACGACGAUCAUGACAAAGCUGUCGCUAGUGCACUGCAGCACUCACAAGAAUGUAAAUAGUUUGUUUUAUGUCCCCUAAUGAUUAGGAAUUACCAGUGAUCGUCAAACUCGAUCAUGUCGGAGGACCAGCUCGGACUCACGUACGCUGAUAGGCAAACCAUCCUGCAGCACUAUUUCAAAGAUUCUUCAACCAGCUUCACCAUAAAAUCCUGCCGAGUCACCACCUUUGAAGAACAACGGACGGGUUAUCUGGGCGAUCAUCACCUGCUGACGAUCGUGAUCGAUUCUGGUGAAGAUGAAAGUCGUGAGAUUACCUUCUUCGCGAAAAAGUUACCGACGAGGAUUCCAAAGUUGGCGGCUUAUUUGGUUGAAAUGAAAGCCUUCUCAAAGGAAGCUGAACUGUUCCGGGAGUUGCUGCCCCGACUGUUGGAAUUUGGACGGUUCGGCCCGGAAUGUCUGUUCCAGAAGGAAAACGAACUCCUGGUGUUCAAGAACGUCGGGGUGGAGGGUUUCAAGGUUUUGGACGGCAACCGAGGGUUGCUGGAUUUGGUCCACCUGGAGCAGGUUUUGCGAGCGCUGGCGCGACUUCACGCGGCUUCUUUCGCGUUGGAAGCGCAACUUGGGAGAUCGUUGGUGGAAGCGUUCCCAGGGAUUUUGGAUGAGAAUGCCUGGGUGAAUGAGGAGAACCACGCUCGAACGUUGGAGUUGGAAGUUGUCAUCAAAACUUUGUGUGCGGUCAUAGAACAUCACGAGAAGGUCGAACAACGUAAGAAAGAACUACUCCGUGAAAUUCCAGACAGCGUCCGUCAACUCUUCGAGUUGGUCAAAAGUUCAACAGUCUACCGGAACGCGGUAAGCCACGGCGAUCUUUGGAACAACAACAUCAUGUUUCAACACAACGAGUCUGGAGUUCCGGUCGACUGUCUGUUGGUGGAUUUCCAGCUAACUCGUUACGUCCCACCAGCGUACGAUUUCAACAUGCUGGCAGCACUGACAACUACUAGAGAUUUUCGAAGGAAACACCUAACUUUCCUACAAGGAUUCUACUACCAAUCGCUAAAGUCGGAACUUCUUCGCCACGGUCUAAAUAUCGAGCAAAUAUUGUCCAAGGAUGAAUUUUGGGAAUCUUGCAAGUUCUACCAAAAAGCUGGAGCAAUUGACAGCUUCAUCAUCAAUCAUAUCACGCUUUUGCCGAGAAAUUUGCUAGACGAAACAUUUUCCAGUGCGGAGCAGUUUGAGCGGUUUGAUGAAAAGUUCAAAACAGAAAAAUGUCUGAAAGCGUUCGAUGAAGAUGCAGAAUAUCGCUCUCGAGUGGUUGAUAUUGUUGAGACGUUGUACGAAGUGUUCGAUUUGGUGUAAGGAAACUAAGCUCUUGUAAAAAUUUUAAUUGACGGGAAUAAAAUUGAUACAUUGCA